AGAGGUGGAGUAGUCACGUGUUUCCUGAUUGCGAUCUUGUAGUUCCUGGAACUAACAAAACAAAACAAAUGGCAGCUGACCAAUAGCCUGGAGUUACCGUCCUGUGACACUUUAUUUCCCGAGUUGAAAUGGUAUUUUAAUAACAUGAAAAGCUAGCGGGAAGACACAGGGGCGUGUGGGGGGAGACAUAAAUCCACAUUACGAACGAAGAUCAGGGGAUUAGCCUAGCUUAGCCAAGAGGGGUUUGAUAAACAGACACUGGUUUCGCUUUCCUAUAAACUGUGUGGGUACCAUGUUUACCCUGUACGGCAUUCAGAGGGCUGCCAGCGAAGGGGCUUUCUAACAGGCGACAUAUAUACGUCUUUUUAUAUUUACAUAUAUAGAUAUCUGUAAAGGAAAUUUUAGCACAGACGGGAGUCGCUGUUCCAGCUGCUGCUUGUUGUUUAUUUUGAUGAUGAUCUGUUGUUUUCCGGCGAUCAUUGUCUCUGCCGGUACGCUGCUCGUUUGUGGUCUGAGCUGAUGGGAUCAGGCCGCUAAAGAUGGAGGCUGUGAGACCGAAGAAGACCAAAACAAAAACCAGCGGAAAAUCUCAGUUGGGCAAGAAGCAGAAGCAAGCAGAUGAGGACAAAAAGUCCCCAGCCCCAUCCGCUGUCUGCGAUGAGGCAUCCACCUCUGACUUCACGGAGAUCCCUCUCAGUCUGCCCCCAUGUCCGCCUCAGGAGGCCAAAGAGGACCAGCAGAAUCCUGUCCAGACCACAGACACAGCAGCGCAGCCAUCAGAACUACCCACAGAGACACAGGAGACCUCCUCAGCACAGACUCAAAAUAUAUCAGAGCUGACCGAGACUCUACAGUCAGCUCUUAAUCUGUCUGCAGAGACGCCACAAGUGACAGUGCCGCAGACAAAGUCCAACAGGGGAAAAAAAGAAGAUGAUGGGGUGGAAGCUCAGGGUUCUGAGCUCAAAGCUGCAUCACAAAUCAAUAGGUCAGAAGAAGACGACGUGCCGUUGUGGAAACAACCGUUUGUGACGGCUCAGUUUGGCAGCCCGAGUGCUCCUGCCCUGUACCCAUCUCUUCCAGCACUAGAGGAGGAUUCUAUGGUGCAGAUCUAUGAGAAAGCUGGGAAAAGCUGUGCGAGGGAACCUGCAGUGUUGGCAUUACCGGAACAGGAAUCCUCUCCCCUAACGCUACAGCCUCUCAAGUCUGUAGUUGAGCUUUCUAGGAGCAAACUGUACCCAGAAUUGCCCAAAACAGCUCCAGAGAUGCAGGCGUUUUCUCUGGAGCAGCUGAGUAUAUGGGAGCCAGGCGAAGGGCUGCAAACGUGGCUUGAAGGUGUUGAGGUCUCUGCUGCCCAGUUCUGUGCUCUGGCCCACCAGGAGAACCAUGAGCUGACAGAACUGCUCCAGAACUACCUGCGCUGCCGCAGGCAGCUGAACCAGUCGCACACACAGCUCCACACCCAGUCCUCUGACUGCAAGAGCACACAGAAUCGCCUCUGGAGCUUCAGAGAUGAGCAACUCACACUUCAGGGUGUGUGUGCAGACCAGACUAAGGUUUGUGGAUACCAUCGUUUCCAGCAGGCAGAGUUUAGUCAGGGUGUCCUGGCAGAGCUGCGGGGAAUGUUGGAGGCAUGCAGCGAGCUCCUCCACCAGAAGGUGGUGCUGCAUGCCUAUACUGCUCUGCUGUCUCGCCUGCAGGUUGAAUCCUAUUUGUAUCGCCUCCUCAAAGAUUGCUCUGGAAGCCAGACUCAGCCUUGCUCUCUUCAGCCUCUGAAAGAGGCCAUCAGUGUCCUGUUUAGCUUCACGCGUAGAGUCCUUGAUGACACACAGUUCCAGACAGACAUCCAUCAGUGGCUGGAGAGGCUGGUUGUUGUCCUGCUGCGUAUUGGGGGGUCUGGGGAACACCUUUACCUGUUGUGCCAUCUUCUCUGCUGUCCUGCUGGGGUGGGAAAGUGGGCGGCACCGUUCCUUCAGAUUCAAGUUUUGGGGAACAGCUCUGGAGUGCAACGUUUUAUGCAAGCAUUAGCCAUCUUAAUGUCACCUGCCAGACACCGCGCAGAGUUUCUGGGUCAUAUGAAGCCCUGUGAGAGCCAGAGCUCAGCAGCUUCAGGACCCGAGUCUGGAAACUGGACCCUCGUUGAUGAAGGUGGAGAGGAGGACGAGGAUCCAGAGAGCAGCUGGCUGCUGCUCUGUGAGGAAGAUCUCAUCUCCCUGCUGAGCCAGUUCCCCUUCCAGCAGCUCUACUCAAACAUGCUGGGGAUGAGCAAACAGGGUGUCUACGAGCCUCAGGCCUGCUCCAGUCAGAAGAUGAUGCGGGUCUUUGCCUUUGCGUCCUCGCUCAUCGAAAUUCUCGCCCUGGGCCUCCAAACCUACAACAGAGCGCGUUACAGGCAGCUCGUCAAACGCAUAGGACACAUCAUCCGAAUGACGGUGUGUUACGUCAGUGACCACUGGGCCCAGUUUGUGAGCGUGACCGACGCCGGAGGGUCCGGCUCCCACGUGCACUCGUUAACGCUGGAAAAACUGCAGCUGGAAUACGAUCACCUCUUCCUCAGAGCCGUCUUACACGUCCUCAGAAACAAAAGGUUGGGCAUUUGGUUGUUUAUGUCUGAGAUGCCCUAUGGGACUCUGUCCAGCUCUAUGCUUUGGAAGGUCCUUUAUGUCAUGCAGUGUGCAGAAACAGCAGGACUAGAAACGCUCAACACCGCUGGCGACACGCAGUCCUGCAUUCAGGCUCUCAGAGACCCGAAGCACCAGGAGAAAUUUGAGGGGUGGCUGGGUGAAGUGAACAGCUCUGACGGCAUCGCCCUGCUCACCGCGCUGGCCCACAUGGCCACGCCCACUCAGCACUUUGACCCCGCCUUCAUCACCACCAUAACUCUGCUCAUUUACCAGGUGUCCUAUGUUAGUUUGUCCACCAGAGAAACUUACUCUAAGGUGGGGAGGGAGCUGCUGGCUGCCAUAGCAGCAGCCCAUCCCUAUAUUAUCUCCGUUCUCCUGGAGAGACUGAGAGACACCAUCCAGACUGUAGGAAUGGUGGCGCUGUACUUGUGCAAGGAGCUUCCUCUGAGUCUGUGGAAGCCGCAGAGGGAGGAAAUAUCCCAGAUCGGAGCCUGGCUGCUCCAGAACCCGCUGCCUGCAGUGGAGAACCGACUGGCUUGUGUUAUCCUGGAGGGUCUGAACUGGGGUUACGCUCAGGACGGCUCUUUGGCGCUGCCGUCUGUCCUCCACAGCGAGGUGGCUCUGCUGGUGGCCGAAGCCUAUCAGAAAUACCUCACGGACAAACCGUACAGCGGCCUCAUAUCCGAGGGAAUCAAACAGGUGUCGUAUCUAGCCAGCGUUCUCCGCCUGGGCGUGUCUCCAGAAGCAUCCUUCAGUCAGUGGGCGUGGCAGCUGCUGCUGAGGCUGAAGCUCCACGGAAAUGCCCAGAACCCUAAAGGUGGCUGGACGGUCCCGGCCUUGGCCUCCAACCCACCUCCAGAACUCACACAUGCUCCCAGCAUGCACUCUGUUCUCAGGGCUGUAAAAGCUGGGCUCCCUAUUGGCUGCUACCUGUCUCUUGCCAUGACAACAGUGGGACACAGUCUGGAAAACUUCUGCACGGAUGGAGUUGAGCUGCUAAAAAGCCUGAUUCAGUCUCGUUACCUGAGAGCUGCUGUGCAUCUGCUGGAUAACAUCCUGCCCCCCACCUACCCUCUGAGCUUUUACCUGCUGAACAACUCUCACUUUGUAAGCUGCAUCCAGCUCUUCUUGCAGUACGACAGCGUGUGUCCCCAAGGUGUGACACAGCAGGUCACGCACCGGGUGGCGCCGCUGCUCACAGGAACCAACUACGGGGACAACGUCCGUCUGCUGAACAGCAUGAUCCAGAGUCAUGUGGUGGAGAGCUCCCGGCCCGGCCGAGUCGGUGCCGCCGCCGUGUUGGAGUUCUGGGUGGGAAUCCUGACUCAGCAGAAUCUGUGGUAUCGUGACAAAACGGUGCUGUUCCUCAUGGACCAGAUCUGCUGUGCUGCCUUUGUUCACCACCAGGAAGAAUGCGUGCAGAAGCUCCUGUACCAGCAGCAUAAGAAUGCGCUGGGUUACCAUGGAGACCGGGGUCUGCUCUCCUCUCUGGUCGGCUGGAUCGCUGGCAACGCCACGCCGUCCUUCGUCGAGGGCCAGUCCCUGAGUGGAGAAGUUUGGUUUGCGUGGCUCGUCCUGAACACGGAGGGCCUGUUUGAGGAGGAGUCUCAGCUGAGGCGCUGUGUUGAGAAUGAGCUGCUGUCAGAGCCCGGCGUCUCCCCGGAUCAGGCCUUGAAGAAGGCGCAGCAGAGGCUGAAGUUGCCCGUAGCGCCGUCUCUGCACCGGCUUCAGGUUUAUCGCUGGGCUAGCCAGGCCUUGGCCACGCCACCAGACCACAUCCUCCUUCCCCUCAUCUGGCAGAAGUUCCUGCAGCUGUAUCUCAGACAGCCCGGACCAGAGUAUGGGCUCGCCGCCGGAGGAUGCAUCGGCAGAAGGUUCUUCCAGACGUCUUCUCACGCUGCUCUGCUGAAAGAUCUGAGGCAGAGGAUACAGGAGGUGUCUGACUUCCACCAUACAGCCAGCCAGGCUCUCAGGGUGCCCCCACCACAGAAACCUCCUCCUGAGAGCCAGGAGGACCAAAGCCCCAACAAUCCUCAGCCACCUUUCCUCGCCUCGCCCCAGCUCCACUCAGAACUCGUUAGGCUGUUUGGUGUGUUCGCUUUGUGGUUGGACAACGAGACUCUGCAGAAGCAGGAGGUGUACCUUCCCUCUCUUCCACCAGAGUACGAGCCUCACAGACUGGCAAAGGUCAUGCAGCGGCAGCAGGAGCUGUGGCUGGAGUACGUGGAUCAGGAGCGUCUGCAGUACGAUGAGCGGGAGGUGUUGUCUCUGUGGGAGAAGGUGCAGAGCGAGCCAACGUUCCUGCAGACCCAGAACCUGGGCUUCACUGACUACACCAGCCUGAGCAAUGCACGAGAGCGCAUCAUGUCCAACCUGGAGAAGCACCCGGUUCCCCUUCCGGCUCCUGAGCUCCAGGAGCUUCAGGCUCCCGUGGCUGAGGUUCCCCCCACCUGCCUCACUGACUCUAGAGCUUCUGCUAAACUCUUACAGCGGGACCUCGGCGUUUUACAGGACCAGGCCAGGGUCGCGGUCGCACGCGAAGCACAGCAGGUGGCGAUGGAGCAAGAGCUGUUGGAGGGUCUUCCUUUGCUCUUCAAGAACCGGCCAGAGCAAGUCAGCAUGGCCCUGGAGUGCAAAGGGAAGGGAGGGCAGCCGUGUCAGGGAGCGGCCAACAUCACCGUCACGUGUGAGCGGGUCCAGAGGCAGGAGGCGGUGCACAGCCAGAUGACGUCGCUGCGUCGGGACAUCAAGAAGCUGCAGACCGACGCCAUGGCUCCGCCCCCUCAGAGCCUGGCGCAAGCUGCGGUUCACACCGAGAACUUCAUCACGGCUCUGGUGAAUAUCUAUAAAGCACAGAAAUCUCCAGCAGUGCAGCAGGUCGGUGUGUCCGCCUUUUACCAGGUGGUCUCCUUUGUGUGCGAGGACACCCUGCGACACCCGCCAACACGGCAGUACCUGUCAUCCUGCGUGGAGAUACUGGGACAGGUUUUUAUCCAGGGCAAUGCAAAGGAGUGCGGCCGUGUCCUGAAAGCCAUCCUAGAGCAGAGGCUCCUUUGUCCCCUCAUUUCCCCUUUCUUCACUCCAAACGCAGCUCCGGAUCAGUUUGUCUUCCUCUACCAAGACGUGGUGACGUCCCUUCACCCCGACACGGCUGACGUCAUUUUCAUGCUGCUCACCAAGUUCGAUUUGUCCCACUGGUUGACCGAGGCGCACCCGGUGUUUUCGGAGCGAGCUCGUCUGCUGGAGCUGGUCCACGGAGCUCUGUGCGUCUGCGGCCGAGACCCCGAGCCAGAACUCCUCACGCCGUUCCACCUCUUUGCCAAACACUGGACCUUGCUUUUACGCCACCAUUUCCCCGACCUUUACAGCGACUGCCUGCGUCUGCUAAUGACCAGUUCUGCGGACCAGCUGCUGAGUCCAGAGUGCUGGAAAGUGACACUGCGGGUGCUGGGCUGCUUGCCUCCCCCCCGCAGCACUAAGAGCAAACCUGAACAGCCGCUCAGCUCUGCAGCCGCAGCCCAAGCUUCCCCUCACAGAUCCCCCAUAAGCCUCUCUCCUCAGCAGGUGGAGGAGACGGUCUGCUGGCUGAGCGACUACUUCCUGCGAAGUCGCCUCAGUAAGGCCGACCUCCGGAGCUUUGGCCUCUACUCUGCCUGGGUUCCCUACAUCGCCGACGUCGUCACCUUCUGGGAACAUCUGAUUUGUUGCCUUAUUAACACGCAGGUCAGCAGCUGCGCCAGAGAGCCAGUGGGCAGCAGCAAAGUAAUGAAAGCUCUGCAGGAUUUGCACUGUAAGCUUGUGAAGUUGUUCCUGCCGUGGAUCUUUCCUCUGGACACAGCAGAUGGAGGUAAUGCCAAGUGUUACCCCUGGCUGGAGACGGAUGCCGCUGCAGCGGGAUGUCUGGUCGGCCUGUACGUUCAGCUCACCGACACGCUUCACCACAAAUUCAGGGAUCGCCUGCUGCCUGGUCAGAGAGGCGCUCUGUGGCUGUGCUUACAUCAGUACUGUGAGAGCUGCACCUCCCCGCGCACGCCCGAGUACCUGCUGUACUUGUACCACACGCACCUCCGCAGCCUGCCCUGGAAACACCUGCAUCCUGACACUCAGCUCAUGGAGCACCUAUUCAAUGUGGAGAGAGGAAGUCCCAAGAGCUGCUUCCUUUUUAUGGGUGAACUGAUGUGUGAAGUUAACUGGGUGAGUGUUUUAAGCGACCUCUUAGAAACCCCUGCCAGCUCUGCGGCGUAUCCGGCUCUGUCAGGCGUGGUUACGCAGAAGGACUCCCACACCAUGCUGGUCUAUCUGUUAUACAUGCUGGUGUUUCUGGCUAAAGAAGAGCAGCUCCUCAGCAAACAGGACUCCCCUCUGCUCAGUCUGCUGGUUCAGUCAACCUCUCUGCCCUGGUACCAAAUGGAUCUGUCCUCGUACCAGGGCAUUCUGGGAUAUGUAGGCACUCACUACCCGCCAUCUCUGCUGCUCAGUGCCGAUUCUGCCCCCCAGCUGCUCCUGAAAUUGCUUCGCAGCGCUGCGGGGCUCCAUCCGCAUCCCAGUGAAGCUCCACACCAGGAGGAGACCCUGAAGGCCGGCGGCUACGUCUCUUGGUCUGUGAAGUCACUGGUGACCCUGGAACAAGGAGGCGGCAUCAGCCUUAGCAGCCUGGAGGCGCAGCUCGAGACCCUUCUGGAAAGCGUUGUUACGUUCAACCCACCAGAGGCGGGUUUAGAGCAGAGGCACAUGGCGUUCUGCGGUCUUUUCAGCGAAGCCUUGACUUUGCUCAACGGAGUGGGGGUCUCCACAGGCGAGGCGCUGGCUGCUCACGUCAUCACCUGGCUGGACAGGAAGGGCAGGGGCUGUCCGAUUCUGCCUUUGCUCACAGCCUGCUCCCGCUGUCUGGCGUCAGUGCGACACAUGACGCGCAUCAUGGAGGCGUGCAUCACGGCGUACUUCAACCAUGUUGAGGAGAAGUCUGCCGGUUGGGGCCCUGUGUUGGCGUCCCUGCAGGUGCCUGAGCUCACAAUGGAUGACUUCCUCUCUGAGAGCCAAUCGGGAGGCAGCUUCCUGACGCUCUAUGCCUUCAUCUUGCAACGCCUCAACAGCGAAUACACUGCAGCCAACGAGAGGAGGAUCCUGGCUCUCAUUAACACGUGGACCACGCAGGUCUUCCCCAGCGGUCCAGGCGAUGAAGCCAAGCUGUUCCUCUGGUGGCACAAAGCUCUGAAUCUGUCGGCGGAGCAGCUGCAGCCACAGGCGGGAAACACCGAAGUGUCGGGGGUCGUCAUGGGACUGGAGCGGCUGCAGAGCAGGCUGCUUCAGCUGGGAGAAGAAAGGCUGAACGCUGGGCUGCUUGGAGCCAUAGGCCUCGGGAAGAAGUCUCCUGUUUCUAACAAAUUCAGGGUGGUGGUCCGCAGCCUGGCGGCGUUCCUGUCCAUCCAGGUGCCGUCGGAGGCUGAGCUUCGACUCCAGCCCACCACAGAUUUACAGCUUUCUGAUAAAGCACAACAGCUGUUGGGGAUGUUGGAGACCAUGUCAAGCAAUAAGCAGUACGCUGAGCUACAGGAGGCUUUAAACAAGGCAAUCCAGUUCAUCCGUUACCCGGGGCACUGCGUCAAAGAUGGACCCCGCCUCCUGGCCCUGCUGGUCAACCUUCUGUACGCCGACCUCAGAUAUCUGCACAUCAUCCGUUUACCUUGACUUUUUGCCCCGCAAGCGCUCGACAUAUGAAGGACCUUUCGGCUCCCGCUGCUGAAGCAGGGAGAGUGAACCUCAGUGGGGACAAAAAUAUAACGCCGCCGUUUUCCAGUGGAGACGCUGAUCCUGAGGACCUCUGUGGUUCUGUCAGCGAGGCCUGUGCAUGACAGAAACUGUGACGAAUCAUGACGCUAGACAGAAAUCCAAACAUCGUUGUUAUUUUGUGCCAAUCGCCGACAUUUUAGCACUUUACUUUUUUUUUUUUUGUCUGUUCCGCUCAUGCCUCGUUGGUUUGCUUUCAGCCCCGCGUAUUCUUGGUGAGUUAGAGAGGAUGUGGCGUAUAUUUAUUAAAGCAGAAUUCAUGAGUCAGAAUUGAGCGCCGGCCUGUGGGUUUCACACCAGCGUGUCGAAUCUCAGCAGAGGGAAGAAAAAAAAAGGAAGGGUCCAGGGAUUAAUGGAAGGAUAGCUCUAAUGGGCCGCUAGUUUUAGAAAUGUGUACUUAAAAUGUGGUGGGUAGCCUGUUUUUAUUUCCCCCAUGUUACUCUUUUGCCCAAGCCCAGUCUGACACCUCUCAGCUCUAAACAGGUACAGGCCAUUCACUGUCCACAUCCCUUUUUCAGUAUUGUCCAUGCCAUGCCAAAAGUGCUCUACCUGCAUAUGCCAAAGAGAAGUUUUUGUUUUUCCUAGGCUGAUUUCGCCUGGGCCCCCCAUUUCAUCUGUUUCUGUCCCGAAACUGCAGCAGGAAAAAGCACAAUGUGCCCAACCACUUGGCUUCCUUAUAAAGUAGUGUGUGCGCAGUGUUAUUCAGAAAGCUAAUGCUCCAAAUAUUUCCCAGAGAAGGAAAAAAAAAAAAAAAAAAAAGGUGGGAGGAGUUGUCUGAGCUUUCAUAUAAUUUGACAUUUCAGAUUGAAGCGAACGUUCGGGACUGUUUCAGCGUUUGAUUACCCUCCUCAGCUCGUCCCUCCAGCAGCCUGGAGCGCGCUUUAUCGCCGAUGUCUGUGUUAUAUGGGGACUGUUAAUGUUGAAAUCCUUUCUUUUUUUUUUCUAUUACUGAGUCACUGAUUGAGAAAUGUUCUGCUGGAAGGUUGCACAGAGCUACGGGGAGCUACAGGGCCAAGCUGCACAAUGGAGCCAAGACUAGUAAAUAAAGUUGAUUGAAUGUAUCUCUGCUGUGUUCAGAUGUCUUAACACGCUGCUUUAACGCCAUACCUGUCGUAUUAUAGCAUGAAAGUGAGCAAAAGUCUCAGGACAGCUUACAUGGAAAAACAUCUAAAGAGGCAACUAAGCUUAAGACCUAUAAAAUAACAGGGAUUUGCUUCUUUAUCAGGUUUUACUGCUAAAGCGUUACCAGUAAACUGGUCAUACAAGGACAUAACGAGAAAAUUUGGAGCCAGUGAAAGGUUUACAUACUCUAACCCAGGGGAUAGAUGUCAUAUCAACUUUAAGGCCUUUUAAUUUUGUACGUAUUUCUCUUUUAGUUGGGAAAGAACUUCAGUGAAGAUUGAAUUUAUUAGAGUUUUUCACUAAUCUUCACAGGUUUGGAUGCACUUCUAAAAAAGGCCUGGAGAACUACAAUGGCCUCACUUUACGGUGCUGAUUAAAAAUGAAGGAAAACGAAGGAACUAAUCUACAUUUCUUUUUCUAUCACUUACAUCUUGGCAGAUCCAUUUUCUUUCAUGCCCAUCUCCUGCACCCCGUUUUUGCUCUCUUUGUGCUCUGCUGCAUCUCUCCUUAUUGUUGAAAACAUUUAUUUUCUGGCCUGCGUUCAGACGCUCAGCUCAUGACUCCUCUUGGUCUUCUACCACCGGCAGUAAUACAGGAGGACUGGGAUAGAUUUCAACCAAUCCAGGACCUCCUCUUGUCCUGCUUGUCAAAGUUUUAAUUUUACCAUUAAAGACAAUUAAAUAAACCUUUUAUUUACCUCC